AUGAAACAAAUAUUGCAAAAGUCGGAUCGUGCUGGGAGGAUUGCCAAAUGGGCGGUUGAGCUCGGAGAGUUUGACCUUGAAUACCGCCCCAGACCCGCCAUUAAAGCUCAGGUGCUUGCCGACUUCAUCGUGGAGUGCACCGUGCCAGACGAUCCCGAGCUGCCGCUCACACCCGCAGAAGAGACCCCGAGGCCGCUAUGGGUCCUACAUGCGGACGGCUCCUCGACCUUGGGGGGUAGCGGAGCCGGCCUCAUCCUCACCAGCCCGGAUGGGGUGGUGGCUGAGCAAGCCCUGCGCCUUGAGUUUCCCGCCUCAAACAACGAGGCAGAAUACGAGGCGCUCAUUGCCGGACUCAAAUUGGCGAAGGAGCUGAAGGUGGAAGACCUGAAGGCCUUCAGUGACUCUCAGCUAAUAGUGAGCCAGGUCCAGGGAGACUUCGAAGCAAAGGAGCCAUCGAUGCAGAAAUAUCUCCAAAAGGUGCGGGAACUAACAUCCGCCCUAGGUUCCUUCAGCAUCCAGCACAUCCCCAGAACGGAGAAUCUUAGGGCGGAUCAAUUGUCAAAGCUGGCGACCUCCCGCAUGAGUGAGCUCUCCAAGACGACAGCACUCGAAUAUCUCCAAACGCCCAGCACAGAGGAGCCUGAACCGACCAUGUGCAUCGACUUCGAGCCAAGCUGGAUCGACGGGCUCAUCCACUAUCUCCAGGAUGGGACCCUCCCUCACGACGAGCUGGAGGCUCGCCGGAUCAGGCGUCAAAGCUCCUCGGUACGUCCUAUAUGA